UGUUCGUGAGGUGGAUUAUGCCAUCCUUACGAAGGCUACUACUGUGGUGAUACUCAUGUGUGCUUUUGAGCUAGAUGCAAUUGCGCAAGUAGUGGCUGUUACUUGUCUUUGGAUCUUCGGGGUAUCUCCGAUCAUAUCUUUGACAAGUUGUCACGUGUUCCGCUGUCGCGUGUUCCGAGUUCCGAAUGCGUCUUUUCUACGAGGAAUUUCUUGCGGCUGUUGUACGAGUGCCUCGAUGUUUGUGAUGCAUCCUGGUGCUCAUUCUCUUCCGUGGGUUGUGUCCACGAAGGCAACCAAGAAAACGUCUUAACCAUCUCUCCACGUUGGUCAACCGGGUCAGCCGUGCUAAUCCAGCAGGACUAGGCUUGGGGCCAAUCAACACUCUAGAGUUUGGACUUUUAACGCCACAGUCUAGUGUGACGGACACACAUGUCUUCGCAAGAACCGGGUAACUCUGGCGGAGGCGGGGCCAGUCCGACCCAUGAGCAGCUACGGACAGCCAUCGAUGACGCCGUCGGCGACGCCAGCACCAGACUGGAAAGGAUGGUUGAAGAAAAAUCGGAGGGCAUCAUGGACUCCUUGUCCCGAGUAGUGCCCGGGGCACCGCCUGCCGGGAGUACGACCGCGGCGGGCGGCGGAGGCGAGUCAUCGGGCGGGGCGCACGCCCUUCCGGGUGCUGGGUUUUUGAUGGGGCACGCGCCAAGUACCGGACGGGGACUCGAGGGAGCGAGAGGACUGCUAGGCCCAGCGCCACGAGAGCACACGCCAUCCGAGGGAGGCAUCUCGCGAGAAGGCGCCCACAGCGAGCAGGCCGCAUGGUAUGCCAUAUACUCACACGCCCGGAUCCCGCGCCUGAAGCAACUAAGCUUUGAUGGCCAUGAGAAGAACUGGCUGAUGUUCAAAAACGACUUCACUACGCAGGUCCAAACAUGCGGAAUGGAUCGUGCCUUGAAUGAUAGCAGGGACAUUGUGGUACAAGGUGUAGAUGAUGACGGUAUGGUAAGGCAGGGAGUGAGGAGAGAGGAGAUUGCCAUGUACCGAGAUCUGUGGGUAUUGCUGACCGAAGCGAUCUCAGAAAGUGCGACCAAGAUUAUGGUGUUUGGUUGCAAAGGACCCUCGGCAGCGUGGCGUGCGUUGGAAGAGACAUUUUCUCCGUUGACAGGCGGCGAGCAAAUAUCACUGAUGGCAAAGUUUUUCGACGCCCAACAGGGGAAGAACCAGGAUCCACGAGUGUUCUAUCAGGAGUUCAAGUCCAUAGUGGCCUAGAGUUGGCAUUUGAACAACCCAUCCCAAAGAUGCUCGUUUAUGCGCGAUUCCUCGACGCGCUUUCACCGGAAUUCGAAGUCCAGAAGC